AAGAAAACGAAAACGAUAUUUAACGUCUUUUCAACAACCUUUUCGAAUAUCUAACUGCUUUUGAAGAAUUCCAGUUACUUCGUUCUUUUUUUUGCACAUGAAAUGUUUUUUUUCUGAUCCCUAGGAACUGUACUGCUUGCCUUCUACUUAAACGAAUUCAGGCUUUUGGUUGCAAAUAACUUAACCAAAAAAAAAAAACAAAAAAGGAAAAACGUCUGUCCAUUGGAUUCCAUUUUUAAUAAAUAAUCCGGGUGUUUUUGUUUGGCAAAACAAUCUAAUGUCCGGUUAUUUAUUUUUCUUGUGAACUGCAUUCAUUAGUUAAUUUUACUUUCACCUUUUCUUUCCGUGAUAUUACUAUCUGCACUUAAAAAAGCCCACAUAUCAUUGUAUGGUCUUGCUCACGCUCCUUUUGCUCUUCUUUGGAGUACUGGAACAGUGCGUUGCACUUACUAAGGUUGGUGACAAUAUAUACUCUUUCUCUUUCACUUCGCUGCCAAGCCCUGCCGACUCUCAACCUAUCCAUUCGGCAAAAAAAUCAAAGCGUUUUAUCUCUAGUAAUGUCGCUGCUUUGGCACUAAGGAUUGAACAAUAUACACAUUAUGUUACAACAGUUACUCUUGGAGCUCCUGGAAAACCAUACACCGUUAUCGUUGACUUAGAGAGUCCUUAUUCAUGGCUCACCUACGACCGGGUGAUAGCAUUUAAUCCAACGGAAACUUUCUGGGAGCCACCUGAAUCUCAAUGGUCCACGGAAGAACUUCGAGCGCUCAUGUGCUCGUCCACUACCGAUCCUUGUUAUCAUGCAAACUCUACUGGCUUUACACUUUUACAGAAGCCAAGUACCUUCCUCCUCUACUAUUCGUCAGAUAAUGUUCUCGUGACUGGCGUAAAUAUUGAAGACACACUUGAGUUUAAUUAUGUUCGGAAUCUCGUAAACUUUCGUUUUGGUCUUGUUUUAAAAGAGAGUAUCCCCAGUGGGUUAUAUCCUUACAAAGGUGUUCUAGGUCUAGGCCCUCCAGGCACGGUUCUCUCUAUAGACAAGACGUUUAACAAUCUCGUUUGGUAUGAUUCCUUUCAACCUCCUUCGUUGCUUGAACAGCUCGUAAAAGUCAAGCUGCUACAAGCUCAUGCAUUUAGUUUGUAUUUCGAUUCUACGGGAAAUGGUACAGUGCUCUUGGGUGCCGUCGAUACAGCCAAGUUUGAAGGGAAUUUGACGGUCGUUCCUCUUAUUUCGAAUACCAAUGCAGAAAAAUUAGCUGGUGGGUACCAGAUUGCCGUCCAAGGAGUUGCUUUCAACAAUCUUACGUAUAGCUAUUGCGUUAAAAACAACUUUGUGGGUGUAUUUUCUACAAGAUCUACCUAUAUUUCAUUACCAUCUCCGCUUGUUUACGCUAUUGUUGACUUGCUAGGUGCAUCUGCAUACACAGAUUAUUUUACCAUCCCCUGUUCCAAGGUGGUUGAUUCAGUGAGCUUAACUUUUCUAUUCCCCAGCGGGGAUACCGUGGACAUAUACUUGCCUGAUCUAAUUAUUGCCGAACUAGAAGACAUUUGUGUUCUUGGUAUAGGAGUAUCUGAAGACGAUAUCAUAUUUGGUCAAGCGUUUAUGCGCGUGGUGUAUACUGUCAUUCACCUUGAUCUAAAUCUAGCCGGUCUUGCUCAAGUGUCAAACAAUGAUUCUUCCAACCUUAUUGAAAUCUCUCCUUCAGAAAUUCCUCAUUCCGUUUCACCUGCUUACACAUCACCAUACUCCUCUUUGCAUCACCAAAUUAUCUCAGCAUAUACGCGAACUGCUUCCUCGUCGCAAUCAGUAGAGACGGCGGCUCCAACUUAUCCCACAUGGAUUUUCUCAUCAUCUGCCAUUAUCACGCCUAGCUCCCUUCCAUCUUAUAGCUUGGCAACUGACGUCGUCAGUCAGGACAGCCAACAAUCCUCCGCACAUCUCUCAACAUUUUCACGCUCUUCCCUUUGUUGUGUUUCUCUUAUUUGUUUCAUAGUUGUUUCAUUUAUCUUUUAAUUGUUUAGCCUUUAUCAUUCAUAUACCUUAAUUACACUACCAGGUCCCACUCAAACACACAUCCUGCUAAUCAAUCCCCCGUAUGUUUCGACUAAUUCUUAACCUGUAUCCCAAAUUAAUAUACAAUUCAUUAUCCAAAG